UCGAGAAGCUAUGGAGCCUUCCGAAUGUGGGCGUGGCGGGCCGGUUUCCAUCUCAAGUGAGUGUACGUGAUUGACGUCUCUGAGGUUGCCUCCUGGCACUCUGCGUAGCUGAUGAUGAAGGGGUUGCAUGCCUUCGAACCCAGAUGACUCGCGUGCUUGGUCGCUAUCGGACGGAUAUUGGCUCUGGUAUGCACUGCUGCGAUCUCGCAAGCUCCAACGUCCAGGGCCAGCAAGCAAGUCGUGCAUGCGAGCGUCAGAAGACCGCGAAUGAUACUGUGGAUCGCCUGCCAUUGUUCGUGGUGGCUCUGAUGGCGUGUUACCAGCGAUCGUGCCUGGAGGCAGAUCGAAGUUGGCUCGGUCGCGGAAAAGCGGUAUUGGCAUCAUCUCAGUAGACACGGAACUCAGUGAAGUGCCGCCCAGCCCUCCGGACAUCAUUGGCAGUUCUGGGGCGCCCGUUGCAUCAACAAUCACGAUUGACCGGCUUCCAUUGGUGACGUGAGUGUCUCUACCAAAGUCUCUUGCCUCGAAGGACGGUUGCGAAGACUCUGGAAUCGGUGGUGGAGGCGGUAGAGAAUUAUCCUUGUAUGCUGUUGAUGGUCGUGGGGUAUCUGCUCUCUCUGGCUCUGACAUGUUGUCCUGGUCUUUUUCUUUCUCGGGGCCCGUACGAGAAGUCUCCUCCCAGGCCGACUUGUACGCAGUUUCAAUCCGAAGUCCAAGAAUAUCCAGUCUGGCUGGUCCAGGGAGCUGCUGCCAGUCCGGCUGUGGUUUAGGGUUCAACGC